GUGCGCAUGCGCCUGCGCGGAGUCAGAGCGCAGGCGCAGUGCGCAGCUCGAUCCGGGCCUGCAGUAGUGGAGCGAUCAGCUCGUCAUGGCGCGGUUCCGUGUGCUCUCGCUCGCGCUCUCGCUCUUGUUUGUGAUUCAGUCGGUCGUGUCGAUCUCAUUCUACCUGCCGGUGCGCGUCAGAAAGUGUCUACGGGAGGAGAUCCACAAAGACGUGCUCGUUACCGGAGAAUACGAGAUCAGCGAGCAGCUAAACACUAAAACCAACCUGAAGAUCACAGACUCCUCCGGACACAUCCUUUAUGUGAAAGAAGAUGCAACCAAAGGCAAGUUUGCCUUCACCACAGAGGACUAUGACAUGUUUGAGGUGUGCUUCGAGAGCAAGUCACCUAUGGGAACUGGAAGAGUGCCUGACCAACAGAUCAACUUGGACAUGAAGCAUGGUGUUGAGGCCAAAAAUUAUGAAGAGAUUGCCAAGGUUGAAAAACUGAAGCCCCUGGAAGUAGAACUUCGUCGGCUGGAAGAUCUUUCAGAGUCUAUUGUCAAUGACUUUGCCUACAUGAAGAAGAGAGAGGAGGAGAUGAGAGAUACUAACGAGUCCACCAACACACGCGUGCUGUACUUUAGCAUCUUUUCCAUGUGCUGUCUGAUCGGUCUGGCCACGUGGCAGGUCUUCUACUUGCGCCGCUUCUUCAAGGCCAAGAAGCUGAUUGAGUAAAAUCUGCCUGUAAAUUCAGGGACCCAGAACUUCUUCCUGACAUCAGAUCCUCCGGCCCCUGACAUUUUGCUUUUCCUCGGCGAUUUAUUCCAGUCGCCGCGGGUAACCUGAAGUUUAUCGGGAGUGGACGUGCAUCAGGGAAUUCUCUGGGAAGCGAUUGAUGCUUGGCGGCCAAAUUGUCUUUCAGUGCGUGUACAUUUUUGAUACAAGCUUGUUCAGUAUCAUUUUGAAAAAAAAACACCCAGUUUAUUUUGCUUUAUUUCUUGUAUUUAUACUAAAUGACAGCACAAGCCCCUAUAACUGAUAAAAGAUACGCUCCUGUGAGAGAAACUUUGUGGUUGUUGAAUGUGUGUGUGUGUUAAUUACUGUAAUCUGUUCCGCUUGUUAUUUGGAAGGAUAGAAUGAUUGUUUCACAUGAACAGACUGCAGACUGAUGUGUUUAGCUGUCUAUAUUAUUUCUAUAAAGACUUAUGUUAAAGCUAUUUUAUCAAAAUGAAGUCCCAUUCACUGCAAGUGAAGAGAGAGCGAUCGCACAUCAGAGCUUCAAGCUGUCAUAUAUCAUUCUGACUUUGAGAAAUAUACUAAUUUUUAAGCAGUUUUAUUUUUUUGGGGCAGCAUCUCUUUUUAGUUUGCUUAUUAUGGGAAAGUGUGAGUUCAUCUGUGAUUUAAAGUCUUUAUUUGUUGAUUUGUUAGUUUCUCCACAGACUGAAUAAAUGUUCAAUCCAACAGAACUCCUGCAGUGGGCCUGAGGUUAAAGGUGCAUAAAUGCCAUCACUGCUCCAUCAGUUCAGGCUUGAUUUGUUACAGGAUCUACCCGUAUUUAAAAGAUAAAACUAGACUUUGAUUUUUCAUUUUCUCUUCUUUUCAAAUGCUUUUGUGGAAAAGUGGUUACACAUGUCCUGGGUGGAAGGUUUGGAUCAGAUUUAUUAUUGUUAUUAUUAUCAGCCAGUGGUUUCUUUUUUUUUUUUUUGCUCCAGUGUUCAAUCUUUUUCAACUGCAAUGUUUUUGAUUCUAAUUAAUUUUGGUGAAAGUGAAUUUCGGAAAUAUAAUUGGCUUGUCAUUCAAUAAAAAUUGUUAGUAAAGUA